AACCCUCUAGAAAGACCAAUCUCAGCCGUCGAGAUCCUGUCGGGGGGAGAGAAGAUGAAGCCGGAGACAAUGACGCUGGUUCUGGUGAAUUUCGCCGGAAUCAUGGAGAGAGCCGACGAGUCCUUGCUUCCGGGAGUGUACAAGGAGGUCGGAGCCGCUCUGCACAUCGAUCCGACAGGACUCGGGUCUCUGACACUGUUCCGGUCCAUUGUUCAGUCCUCUUGUUACCCUUUGGCCGCUUACCUGGCUUCCCGCCAUAACCGGGCUCACGUCAUCGCUCUCGGCGCUUUCCUCUGGUCCGCCGCCACGUUCCUGGUCGCCAUCUCCACCACCUUCUUCCAGGUGGCAGUUUCAAGGGGCUUGAACGGAAUAGGACUCGCCAUUGUCACACCAGCCAUCCAGUCACUGAUUGCUGACUCGACCGAUGACAGUAACCGUGGAAUGGCGUUUGGCUGGCUCCAUCUGACAGCAAACAUCGGUUCCAUCCUAGGUGGUCUCUCUUCUGUUCUCAUUGCUUCAACAUCUUUCCUGGGAGUUCCCGGCUGGAGAAUUGCUUUCCACUUAAUCGGUCUGGUAAGCGUGAUAGUCGGCAUCUUGGUCCGCCUAUUCGCAACUGACCCUCGUUAUAGCAACGACAAGCUCAACACAAUUCAGACAGCCCAUCACAAGACAUUCUGGUCUGACAUGAAAGCUUUGCUGAGAGAAGCGAAGGAAGUGAUAAAGGUCCCAUCUUUCCAGAUCAUCGUCGCGCAGGGAGUCUCGGGUUCAUUCCCUUGGUCGGCAUUGUCUUUUGCGCCAAUGUGGUUAGAGCUCAUCGGGUUUUCUCACAAAACCACUGCCCUUCUCAUGACACUGUUCAUAGUUGCUGGUUCGGUAGGGGGAUUGUUUGGCGGAUGGAUGGGAGAUACUCUGGCCAAGAAGUUACCGAAUUCCGGGAGAAUAAUUCUCUCGCAGAUAAGCUCUGGUUCAGCCAUUCCCUUAGCCGCCAUUCUGCUUCUUGUAUUGCCUGACGAUCCAUCCACUGCGUUUAAUCACGGCUUGGUCUUGUUCAUCAUGGGAUUGUGCAUCUCAUGGAACGCUCCUGCUACGAACAAUCCGAUAUUUGCGGAGAUUGUUCCUGAGAGGGCAAGGACGAGCAUCUACGCCUUGGACAGAUCAUUCGAGUCGAUUCUAUCAUCGUUUGCUCCUCCAGUUGUCGGGAUUCUUGCUCAGAACGUGUACGGAUACAGACCGAUCCCAAAAGGAUCUUCUGUCUCGAUCCAGAUCGAAACCGACAGAGAAAACGCUGCCUCGCUGGCCAAGGCGCUCUACACAGCGAUCGGGAUUCCCAUGGCGAUCUGCUGCUCCAUCUACUCGUUCCUGUACUGCACUUACCCGAGAGACCGGCAGAGAGCGAAAAUGCAGGCGUUGAUCGAGUCAGAGAUGCAGCAUCUCGGAGAAGACAACGCCUUGCCUUGUCCGGAUUUGGAUGAACACGAACACGAACACGAACACGACCAGACAUAUCUCCUAAAGCAACACGAAGCAGACGAGGGCUUGCGACUUUGACAAUGUCGAGAUCAAGAUUCGAAGUUCUUGAUCUUGCGAUUCAUUCUGUAUACGUCAGAGUUUUUUUUUUUUUAUAACACGAAUGGUUAAAAAUUAAAAUGGUAGUGUUAGUAAUGUAACAAUUCUUGAGUU